CUCAUCUGCAUCCUCUUCAGGGACAGGGGAGAGGAAGCUCAGGAGGGCUCCUCUCCCACACCACGGAAUUCUGAACAAAAACACUUCUUGUCCAUCUGGAAGAGAUCUCUGUUGUUACUGAGGGAGCGCUGGGCAUAGUAUGGGGUGCAGGUCUGUGUCCAAAUUCUGCCAUGUUUUUUCCUACCAAGGGUGGGGUCUCUUUUAGGUGUCAGUUUCUCUGCCCCUAAAAUGGAGUGGCUGUGGAAAUGGAGAGGUGCUCAUUUCCACCGAGACUCCUACCUCAGCAAGUGGUGAAAUGAAAAGCAGUGUGGACAGAAAGGGUCUGCGGCCUGGGGCUCACACUGAUAGUGAGGCUCCGAGGUGGGGACCCCACUUGCCAGCUCUGGGGUAGCAGGACACCUUCCAAAGUCAGCUUUCCUCCCGGAGCUCCAGUACUGAGCCCCUCUCUGCAGAAGGCCCACACCAAGCCCAGCCCUUUUCCCAAGGCCUGAUAGCUUCAGACUUUGGGGAGAAGGAGGGAGCAGGAAUAGAGAGAUUGGAGAAUUGGGGCUGGAGGAGAGGAGGGAGGCCCACUUUUUUUUUUUUUUUUUAACCUGCGGUGCCGGCCUCUCCCCUGUUUGCUCUGAGAUACCAGUCUCGCUCCUGCCCAGCCCGGGCGGCUACCCUUGGGUGCUCCCUUCCCUCCCCGACACCCAGACCGACCUUGAUCGCCCACCUGGCAGGAGCAGGACAGGACGGAUGGACGCGGCCAUGGCCGAGCUCCCGGGGCCCUUUCUCUGCGGGGCCCUGCUAGGCUUGCUGUGCCUGAGUGGGCUGGCCGUGGAGGUGAAGGUACCAACGGAGCCGCUGAGCACGCCCCUGGGGAAGACAGCCGAGCUGACCUGCACCUACAGCACGUCGGUGGGAGACAGCUUCGCCCUGGAGUGGAGCUUUGUGCAGCCUGGGAAGCCCAUCUCUGAGUCCCAUCCAAUCCUGUACUUCACCAAUGGCCAACUAUAUCCAACUGGUUCUAAGUCAAAGCGGGUCAGCCUGCUUCAGAACCCCCCCACAGUGGGGGUGGCCACACUGAAACUGACUGACGUCCACCCAUCAGAUACAGGAACCUACCUCUGCCAAGUCAACAACCCACCAGAUUUCUACACCAAUGGGUUGGGGCUAAUCAACCUUACUGUGCUGGUUCCCCCCAGUAAUCCCUUAUGCAGUCAGAGUGGACAAACCUCUGUGGGAGGCUCUACUGCACUGAGAUGCAGCUCUUCCGAGGGGGCUCCUAAGCCAGUGUACAACUGGGUGCGUCUUGGAUCUUUUCCUACACCUUCUCCUGGCAGCAUGGUUCAAGAUGAGGUGUCUGGCCAGCUCAUUCUCACCAACCUCUCCCUGACCUCCUCGGGCACCUACCGCUGUGUGGCCACCAACCAGAUGGGCAGUGCAUCCUGUGAGCUGACCCUCUCUGUGACCGAACCCUCCGAAGGCCGAGUGGCCGGAGCUCUGAUUGGGGUGCUCCUGGUCGUGCUGUUGCUGUCAGUUGCUGCGUUCUGUCUGAUCAGGUUCCACAAAGAGAGGGAGAAGAAGCCCAAGGAGACAUAUGGGGGUAGUGACCUUCGGGAGGAUGCCAUGGCUCCUGGGAUCUCUGAGCACACUUCUAUGAGGGCUGAUUCUAGCAAGGGGUUCCUGGAAAGACCCUCGUCUGCCAGCACCGUGACAACCACCAAGUCCAAGCUCCCUAUGAUUGUGUGACUUCUCCCAAUCCCUGGGAGGGCGGUGAGGGGGAAUAUCAAUAAUUAAAGUCUAUGGGUACCAUA